UGGAUUUUUUUUUUUCCUUUUCUUUUUUUUUUUUUUUUUUCCUUUGCAACCUAUAAAAUCUGAAAGCAACUAAACUCUUCCUGCAACCAAUGAUGACAUCCAAAGAGGUGGCCAAAUGCGACGCGGCGGAGAACAGGAGACGCAGCCCGCUGGACCACUUGCCGCCUCCUGCCAACUCCAACAAGCCGCUGACGCCCUUCAGCAUCGACGACAUCCUGAACAAGCCGUCGGUGAAGCGGAGCUACGCCAUCUGCGGCACGGCUCAUCUCAUCUCGUCCUCCGAGAAGCACCGUCCGUCCAGCCUGCCGCUGUCCAGCCGCGCACUCCUCACGCAAACCUCUCCUCUCUGUGCGCUGGAGGAGCUGGCCAGCAAGACCUUCAAAGGGCUGGAAGUCAGCGUGCUGCAGGCUGCGGAAGGCCGGGACGGGAUGACCCUGUUCGGCCAGAGGAGCACCCCGAAGAAGCGCCGGAAGUCCCGGACGGCCUUCACCAACCACCAGAUCUACGAGUUGGAGAAGCGCUUCCUGUACCAGAAGUACCUCUCCCCCGCAGACCGCGACCAGAUCGCGCAGCAGCUGGGCCUGACGAACGCGCAGGUCAUCACGUGGUUCCAGAACCGCAGGGCCAAACUAAAGCGGGACCUGGAGGAGAUGAAGGCCGACGUGGAGUCGGCCAAGGCCAUCGGCCAGGUGCCCCUGGACAAGCUGGCCAAGCUGGCGGACCUGGAGAAGUGCGCCAACGGCACGCUGGGCCACCCGCGCGCCGAGUCUCCCGCGCGGGGAGGCCCGCAGGAUCACCAGCACGAGCUCGCUCAGAAACUGCGCAGCUCUCCGCUGUCUCCCUUCUCGGACCACACAACGAGCAAGGAGUGCUCGGAGGACGAGGACGUGGAGAUAGACGUGGAUGACUGAUGGCUCUCACACACACGCAUACAGACACACACACACACACACACACACACGCACACACACACACACACA